UUUAGUAGCUAAAAUAUGGAGGCUUACACCAAUUCAAGAUGGCGUGACAGCAACAGUAGUCGUCUGUCAACUGGCUUUCAGUCAUACAACAGCCACAAUCAUCAUCAUCCCCUCUCUGAUCACGGGUACAAUCCAGAAAGGAGAAGACUCAGUUCUCAUGAAAAGCAGAGGACCCCUUUACUGUCUGGUCCAUUCUCUUCUCAUUCUCCAAUCCAUGAAAAUGGAUAUCAUUGGACUGGAAGAGGAGGCAGAAGCAAAGAGAGACUACCCGAGGAAGACUAUGCCUAUCACCAGCAACCUCCUUCAUUACAGUUCUAUGGAAGAGGGAGAAGGGGGGCCUUUGAUAUAAGAAGACAUUAUCAUGGUAGUAGUGGAUACUCUUCAUCUGUCCCUCCUCACUUUUCUGGAACCCCAAGCAGACCCAAUAAUUUCUCAUGGGAGCCUCGUAGUGCUCAUGGUUAUAGCAACCAUGGUGCGAGCUCUCCCAUGCUUGAUGAUGUCAAAUCACCUUUAAACUACUCACCAGUGUACUCUGACACACCCAGUUCAUCACCUGACACAAGGUUUGACUCACCCAUAAGGGGAAGUGGAGGAGAGUCACCAUUAAGAGACCCUAGACGUAGAGCGCAUAUACGCCCUCCAGUUCAGCAGCCUCCAUCUUCAUAUUCUCGCUCUUUUGAUGAGUCUCCUCCAAUAUCUGGGCACAGGAGUCCACUCCCAGUCAAAGUGGCAACUAUAGCUCAAGGGCAAAGCUCUGCUGCUAGAGUGAGAGAGUUUAAGAGUCACUGGCCACACAUACAGUUAAAGACUCCUAUUGAUAAUGGGACAGAAGAUGACAGUAAUAGUUGCUCAAGGACUCGUGUUUAUUUGUUUCCUCCUAAAAAGCGACCCUGCUUAUCUUCAGAGUUAGUCAAGAGAGAUUAUAAUGACACAGCAAGAGUAAUGAAGAGUGUUCAAAUUCAAAGAAUCUUGUUUGAACAUUCUUACACUCGUGCUUUGCCUGGGCAGUUAGUUAAAGCUGACAGCACCAAUCAUGAUAGAAUACCUGAGCCACCUCCUGAGAAUGCUAUCAGCAGAUCUCUACUCACUGUCAGUGGAAGAGUCCCUUCAGUGCCAGCACCAUCACAAGUUCAAUCAGCACCAGCAGGUCCAGUACCAAAAGCUCAAGGACGAGAACCAGCCACUAAUGAGAAGCUAUCUUCAGUAGAGCUUGAUUUCGACUCAGCAUGUGAGACAGACUCACCAAGCAGUAGUUCUGUAACCUCAGGCUCAGAUUAUCAUGGACUGUUAGACCUUGAAACUGAUUCAGAGGGCCAGGACAGCCCAGCUCUGAUCCUCUCAAUCCCUUUGAGCAUUUCUAGAACUACUAGACCUGACGAGGUUGAUAAUGUGCAGCAGCAACUAAGGAAACCGGUUUCACCCCAGGAAGCUUCUGAAACUGAUGAUAAAGAAAGGGAGGCAGCUACUACUCUGAGUCUCGACUCACCCACUUCCAGUGGAGGAGAUGGUUUCCAUCUUACCAUUGAGUCUGAUGAAGAAGAAGGAGAGACACUUAGAGAUGGUAGUAGCACUCUUAGCAACAAUCAGCUAGACAAUCGUUUAGUAAGAAGUUUAAGUUAUUCAAAGGAUGAUGAUAAUCUUUCAUUGACUUCUUCAGAGUCUUCUUCGCUAACUGGAAAAAGUCCAAAAAAGUUGAAAUCACCUUUUCGUGAUUUUGUUCCUCAAAUCUUAGGAACAAGAAGUAGAGCUGAAACUGCUUUAUUGCAUAAGCGUUUGGCAAUAGAUAAGAAGAUAAAUUUGAAGAGUGUUUCUGUUGACAGUAAUCCUGAUGGGAAUCAGUUGUCCUCUAGAAGCAGCUCCGCGAUUUCUCAAGAUGAUAAGUCUCCUACUCCUAGUGGGCAUAGAAUUGACUUUGACAAAGAGUUCAGUCCUGAUUUUAUUAAGCGAAUCAAAACAACAUAUUCUGCAAGACGAAUUGGCUCAGGUGACUCAAAUCUUCAUAGAGUCUGUCGAUCUGGAAGAUUGAAAAUAGUGAGAUACUUCAUUUAUGUGGAACAUGUCAAUGUCAAUACCCAAGACAAUGCUGGUUGGACUCCAUUGCAUGAAGCCUGUAACAAUGGCUAUCCUGAGGUGGUCAAGGUGCUGCUUGAGAAUGGAGCUGACCCUAACCUCACAUCUUAUGAUGGAAGCAGACCAAUACAUGAUGCCAUAGAAGCUGGUGAUCUCACUAUAGUUCGUUUAUUAGUGGAGCAUGGAGCCGAUCUAAUGGCAGAGCAAGGAGGGAAGACUCCAACUGACCUGGCAAAGUCACUAGGUCUCACUGAGAUCUCAGCUUAUCUUGAUGAUAUGCUAAGUAAUCAAGGCAAGAAAAAGCGGAGAGAUGAUGCAGCUAGUAAAGUUUUCAAGCCUCCCCCUCCAUUGAAAAAGAACACCUCAGCCCAAUCAGUUUCUAAUGAAGUGCUUCAUCCUCCUAUCACUUUGCCCUUUGAUGGCUACAAUGAAAGUAUCUUUGGACAAGAAUUAGAUACACCUGUUAUAUACCUCACAGCAACUGUUGAGGAGUCAGAAGUACCUUUCCUUCCCUUGUAUAACAUCACCAUAUCUCCUGGAUCUAAUCCCAGGAAGCACAACUUUCACAUCCUGUCUGACGUACUUCAAAGCUUGACAAUAAAUCGAGAGGAUUUUUUAUCAAAGCUUGAAGGAGUGAAGCUUUUUCAGCUUUCAGUGAAAGACUUUCUUCACCAAAUAAAAUCCAAUCCACUCACAAAACAUUCUCCCAUCAUUGAGAAGCUACAAGGAUGCUCUCAGACUGACACAAUAGACCUGGUACCACUCACUGAUUCCUUGAGGAGUUUACUAAUGAUAAAAAUAUCAAACAUUGAUGAUUGAUUCAUGAAACUCCCUAUCUACAAUUUUUAGUGAAAAUCACCAGCACCUUUGUAUAUACUAAUAUUUGUAACUAACUACAUCUGCUUGUGCUUCAUUUUGCAGCAUAAAAGGCC